AUGAAAAUCGACGAGAAGUUCUUAAAAGAGAUCUUCUUAGAACGUCUGCCGACGUCUGUACAAACAAUCUUGGCCUCUGGCUCCGACGACCUAGAAAUAUCAAAGUUAGCGGAGAUGGCUGACCGUAUGAUGGAGGUUGAGCGUUUGUCAUCCCCGACGAUCGUUCAGGUGUCCCAGCCUCUCAACGUGUCCACCUCUGACCUGGCUGAACUAAAGACACAGAUUGCCCACUUGUCAGCGACUGUUGCCGCUUUGCAGCUGCGCCGAUCCCCCGGUCCCUCUCGACGUUCCUUCGGCCGUGACCGUCGUCGUUCCCGCUCUCGCCCCAGGACCGCCAACCUAUGUUGGUAUCAUGUCAACUAUGGCGACAAGGCGCGGCGCUGUGUCCCACCCUGCUCCUUCAAGUCCACGCAGGGAAACUCCUCGGCCGGAGAGUAA